UGAGCAAAUACCGAAGGUGGGGAUGAUUCUAACAUAUAUAAGUCCUGAUGUUUCACAGUAAGGCACAGCACUCAUCUUUUUAACAUCUCCAACAAGCGUCUUAAUGGAUUGUCAGAUAUCAGAGCAGAUGGAGGACUCACCUAAUGCUUUAACCCAAGGCAAACCCAAAUGCCCACCUGAAGACCCACCUAAAGGCAUACCCAAAUGCCCACCUCAAGACCCACCAAAAGGCAUACCUAGAUGCCCACCUCAAGACCCACCAAAAGGCAUACCUAGAUGCCCACCUCAAGACCCACCAAAAUGCAUACCCAAAUGCCCACCUGAAGACCCACCGAAAGGCAUACCCAAAUGCCCACCUCAAGACCCACCGAAAGGCAUACCUAGAUGCCCACCUCAAGACCCACCGAAAUGCAUACCUAAAUGCCCACCUGAAGACCCACCGAAAGGCAUACCCAAAUGCCCACCUCAAGACCCACCGAAAGGCAUACCUAGAUGCCCACCUCAAGACCCACCGAAAGGCAUACCUAGAUGCCCACCUCAAGACCCACCGAAAGGCAUACCUAGAUGCCCACCUGAAGAUCAAACGAAAGCUCCACCUCAGUGUAGCCAAGUAAAGAAUGUGAAACUGUAAAGAAAUUUCACAGCAACAAAAAAUAAUGUAUCUUCUUUUUUUACUGGGUACCUAAACCCAAACAGUAACACUGAUAUUAUUUAGUGAAAAACAGAUUUAUGACUUCUACUAUAAUUAAUAUUUGGCAAAUAAUGUACUUGUUUAAAACCAUCGUACAAACUAAGGUAUAGUGAAAUCUGUGUAUACAAUCUAUAUAUAUGUACUCCUUUUGGGAAGGUUUUGAGGCCAGGAGAUGGAAGGCGGCACAAACACAUACUGGACACAAUUCUGUAGAAAACCUUUUACUGUCUGAAAAAUUUACAUUUUAACAUUCAAAUGUUAUAUUAAACACUAUAACAUGUUAAACUAAUAAAUCUUACUCAUAAAAUAUUCAAUUCAAGACUUCAUGAAUUUUGUUGCUUUAAGUAAAUGUUUUAUUGUUGGCUCCAAAACACAACAGUAUAUGUAAUGUUUUGUCUUGAUUACUCAGUUGGGUGAGUACAGACACAGGGUUUGCAUUGUAGAACUGGAGUCAAACUGUUGUACUUGUGACAAUAUAAAGAAAGUCUUGAUA